AUGAACACCAGAAACUACAUAUCUAUUUUUGCUUUUGUUCUUUUUUCUAUUGCUACCGCAUCUUCAGACUCGGGUUUGUCACCAAGUUAUUACGAUCGAGUGUGCCCUGAAGCUCUCCCAACCAUCAAACGUGUGGUGGAGGAUGCAUUGGCACAAGAACGUCGCAUGGGUGCUUCUAUUUUACGUCUUCAUUUUCAUGAUUGUUUUGUUAAGGGAUGCGAUGCUUCCAUUCUUUUGGACCAAACAUCAACAAUAGAUAGUGAGAAAAAUGCAGGCCCCAAUGCAAAUUCAGCUCGAGGAUUCGAGGUUAUCGACAAAAUCAAGGAUGAGGUCGACAAAGUUUGUGGUCGCCCUGUGGUGUCUUGUGCUGAUAUCUUAACUGUUGCUGCUCGUGAUUCUGUAGUUGCGCUUGGUGGCCCAUCAUGGAAAGUCAAGCUCGGAAGAAGAGACUCAACCACGGCUAGCCGGACCGCAGCUGAUGCUAACAUCCCGGCACCGUCCAUUGACUUACCCGCCCUAAUAAAAAACUUUGAGGACCAAGGGCUCGAUGAGGAGGACUUAGUUGUGCUUUCGGGUGCACACACCCUAGGGUUUGCACGGUGUCGAACCUUUAGGCCUCGUAUUUACAGUGAUACCAACAUAGAUCCAGCGUUUGCGAGCCAUCUUCGGACUAUUUGUCCACAAGUCGGGGGCGACUCAACUCUCGCACCACUUGACCCGACACCAACCUCGUUUGAUGUAAAAUACUUCACAGAUUUGGUGAGUAAAAAGGGGCUUUUAAAUUCUGAUCAAGCACUGUUUAAUGGUGGCGAAACUGCUGAGCUUGUUUCGAAAUAUAGUAUGAACCACGAAGAGUUCUUAGAAGAUUUUGCAAAAUCUAUGAUCAAAAUGGGUGAUAUAAAGCCACUAGCGGGGAAUAGAGGUGAAAUUCGCAACAACUGCAGGAAAGUUAAUUCACAAUAUUAAGAGUUUAUGGAUUGGGGUAAGUUGUUUUGUGAGUUUUUAGGCAUUGUUUUCUAAUGUUAAUUUCUUGAAAAUUUUAGUGUUGUAUUCUUUUAAUUUUGAAU